AUGCUGCCGGGGCCUCCCUACAGUCGCAGCAGCAAGCAGCGCAGCUGCUGCUUCCUGCUGCUGCUGCUGCUGCUCCAGCUGAGCCGCCCCGCAGCAGCAGCAGCAGCUGCAGCACCUGCUGCACCGCCGCCGCGACCCCCGGCCGCGGCAGCGCCAGCAGCUGCUGCAGCAGCAGCAAGAGCAGCAGCACCACCAGCACAUGAGACUGCGAGAGCUGCAGCAGCAGCAGCAGCAGCAGCAGCGGAGAGGCCACCACAAGCAGCAGCACCCGUGGCAGCAGCACCGUCACCUGCAGCAGCACGAGUUAAAACAGCGCCAGCAGCAGCAGCAGCAGCAAGAGCAGCAGUUCCUCCUGCUGCAGCGGCGGCAGCCGCGCGGCCUGCAGCAGUGAGAGGUGUGGCAGCAGCAGCAGCAGCACCUGCUGCACCACCAGCAGCAAAGGUAACACCAGCAGCGACAGCAGCAGCAGCAGCGAGGCCAGCAGCAGCAGCAGCAACGGGUGAACCAUCACCAGCAGCACGGCGAGCAGCAGCAGCAGCAGCAGCAACGGGUGAACCAUCACCAGCAGCACGGCGAGCAGCAGCAGCUGCAAAAACUACAUCCAAGGCUGCAGCAGCUACAGAAGCAGCAGCAAGAGCGGCAGCAGGACCAGCAGCAGAUGCCACGUCAGCAGCAGCAGCACCUGCAGCAGCAGCACCUGCAGCAGCAGCAAGGGCACCAGCAGCAGCAGCGCAUGCUGCAGGAGCAGCAAGGACACCAAAAACAGCAGCGCCUGCAGCUGCAGCAGCAGCACCAAAAACAGCAGCGCCUGCAGCUGCAGCAGCAGCAGCAAAAACAGCAGCGGCUGUAGCUGCAGCAGCAGCACCAAAAACACCACCGCCUGCAGCUGCAACAGCAGCACCAAAAACAGCAGCGCCUGCAGCUGCAGCAGCAGCAAAAGCACCAGCACCUCUAGAGCCUGCAGCAGCAGCAGCGCGGCUAGCAGCAGCAAAUGCUCCUGCGAGAACAACGACAGCAGCAGCAGCAAGCACUCCUGCAAAAGUAACAGCAGCAACAGCAGCAGCAGCAGCACCACGGCGUGCACAAGCAGGAGCAGGAGCAGCUGAUGCUGCAGCUGCUCCUACUGCAGCAACAACAGUUGCUGCAGCAAGGGCAGCAGCAGCAGCAGCAGCAGCAGCAGCAACAGCGAAACCGCCAGCUGCUAAGGCACCUGCAACAGCAGCACCAGCUGCAGCGGGACGAGCAGCAGCAACAGCAGCAGCUGCCGGCAUGCCGUCCCAAGCACCAGCAAGGCUAGCAGCAGCAGCAGCAGCAACAGAAGCAGUACCAGCAGCAGCUGCAGCACGAGCUGCAGCACCAGCUGCAGCGCAAGCUGCAACAGCAAGAACAGCAGCACCAGCACCUGCAACGGCAACUGCAGCAGCAGCAGCAGCAGCAGCAGCACCCCCACCACCACCAGCGAGUGCUGCGGCGCCUUCAGCAGCAGCAAGGCCAACAGCAGCAGCAAAGCCGACAGCAGCAGCAAGCCAAACAGCAGCAGCAAGGCCGCUAGCAGCAGCCAGCCAAACGGCAGCAGCAGGCAAGCCUCCAGCAGCAGCAGCAGCAGCAGCAGCGCCAGCAGCAGCAGAAUCGGCGACAGCAAAGAGAGCCCCGGAAGGUACAGCUCCCGCAAAAGCAGCAGCAGCAAGAGUUGCUGCAGCAAACCCAUCUGGCGCAGCAGCGCACGGAGCAGCAGCAGCAGCAAAAGCACCAACAGUUCGAAAAGCAGCAGGUGCAGCAGCAGCAGCAGCAGCACCGGCUGCUGCACCGCUGAAAGCGGCAGCAGCAGCACCAUCGACAGCAGCAACAGCAAAGCCACCAGCAGCAGCGGCGUCAGGACCAGCAGCAAAAGCAGCCAAAGUAGCAGCAGCAGCAGCAGGGCAAGCAGCAGCACCAGCAGCCACUACACCAUCUGCGGGUGCGGCAGCAGCGGAAGCACAAGCAGCAGCAGCAGCAGCAGCAGCAGCAGCAGCAGCAGCAAAGGCGCCCGCGGCUGCGACGCCAACAGCGCCACUGGUGGCAGCAGCAACAGCAACAAGAGCAGCAGAAAAUUCAGCAAAAGCACCACCAAGAAGAGCAGCAGCAGUAGCAGCAGCAAUACCAGCUGCAGCAGCAAUACCAGCUGCAGCAGCAAUACCAGCUGCAGCAGCAAUACCAGCUGCAGCAGCAAUACCAGCUGCAGCAGCAGCACCAGCAGUAGCAGCUGCAGCAGCAGCACCUGCAGGAUUAACUCAAGUGAAUACACAUGAAGCACUUAGAGCAAUAGGAGCAGCAGCAGAGGCUGCAGACGCAGCAGCAGCAGCAGCAGCAGCAGCAGCUCUAGAAGACACAGCAGCAGCAGCACCAGUACGAGCAGCUCAAGAAGACAUAGCAGCAGCAGCAGCAGCAGCAGCGACACCGGCAGCAGCAACGCGAUUAACAGAAGCAACUGCAGCUGCAGCACAAACCACGGCAGCAGCAGAACCUUCGCCAACAGAAGCAGCAGAAGCAGAAGCAGCAGCAGCAGAAGCAGAAGCAGCAGCAGCAGCAGCAGCAGCAGUUGAUGCACUAAGCCCGGCGCAAGAAGUAGCAGCAGCAAUAGCAAAAGUACUGGUAACAGCAGAAGCACCAGCAGCAACAGCAGCAGCAACCGCAGCAGCAACCGCAGCAGCAGCAGUAGCCCCACAAACGUCGGCAGCAACAACGCUUUCCUCGACAGCAGCAGGAGAAGCAGCAGCAGCAGCAGCAGCAGCAGCAACGAACGAAGAGGAAGCACUGGAAGCUGCAGCAACACCUCCCGCAGCAGGAUUAGAAGCAGCAGGAGACGCAGCAGCAGCAACAGAAGCAGCAGCAGCAACAGAAGCAGCAGCAGCAGACGCCGAGCUCGAAUCUAAUUCACCACAAACAGCAGCAGCAGCAGCAGCAGCAGCAGAACCAACCGAACAAGCAUCCCCAGCCCCGCCGCCUUCCCCAGCAGCAGCAGCAGCCACAGCCACAGCAGCAGCAGCAGCAGCCACAGCAGCAGCAGCAGCAGCAGCCGCAGCAGCAGCAGCAGCAGGUGUGGGGCCCCAACUUGAGGCCCCCCCGUACCUUUUUGCUUCUUCUCGUCCCCUUCCUUCUCUUGUGUCUCCUGCUGCUGCUGCUGCUGCAGUUUCUAUUCUAAAUAAACCCUCACCGAGGGGCCCCCCUGUGGGGCCCCCUCCCCUUGGGGGCCCCCCCCUGGGGGCCCCCCUGCUGGGGCCCCCCCCCC